UGGCACCAGAUGGAUGACGUGUACGUGAGGGUCCUUCUGACUUCCGGGUUUGUAUAAACAGAUAUCAAGCGGAGUCGCCUCGCCCAUAAAGAUGUCUAAAGUAACGUUUAAAAUCACCCUGACGUCGGACCCCCGGCUACCAUACAAAGUACUAAGUGUCCCAGAGAGCACACCAUUCACAGCGGUUUUGAAGUUUGCAGCUGAGGAGUUUAAAGUGCCGUCAGCAACCAGUGCAAUAAUAACAAAUGAUGGAAUAGGAAUCAACCCGGCUCAGACUGCAGGUGAUUUCAUAUGUUCUUAUGGAAUGUGUUUCUGAAGCACGGCUCAGAGCUUCGCCUCAUUCCAAGAGACAGAGUGGGAGGACAAGGAGACUGAUGCUGCUUUUCCUCGUCGACAUCGGCAUAAUGACUCACGCGGCAGAUUCAUGUAACGCUCGAGACCCAGGAAACACCUCAGCGUGUGUCAUUUUUAUUUUCUGGCUCAACACUGACAGUGACUCACAUGAGAGUAUAUUUAAACACAUUGAUGACGUGCGCAUGUUCCCUGUGUCAAGUUCAAAAGUUUGGAGUAACAUCAGGAGAGAGUAAGAGAGUAAUGAAUUCACACAACACAGCAUCUACAUCCCAGGAAAGAUCAGCAAACAACUGAGUCAGCUGACUUUUGUAUCUUUGUAAAUGACAAUAAAGAAUCCAUAUGACCAACAGCACAUGCUCAGUGCAGCGUUACUUUUGUUCGUACUGGAAUUGGUAAUAAUAUCUACAAAGGAUGCUGUUAAGUGCUUCAUUAAGCGACUGGUGACUUUAUCUGUGCUAAUCAGGCACCUUGUGUCAGAGCAGUGUUCUUCAAACAGAUGCUGCAGUUGUCCUGGGGACCAGAUUUGUCUUUGAGUCGAUCCAACACAGCUUCUGAUUAAAGCAUGAAACCGUUAAAUCAAUCUGUUCAAACAUAUGGCUCUUUGCUGCCCUCUCUCAGGUUACAUUCGAGCAUCAAAUGCACUCAUCCCCCCACUUGAAAUCAUACACUGUGCACCUGCACACAAUAAAUAUAGAAAAUCUCCACUGAAUAAUGCUGCCUGAUUAUGAACUGAUAAAGCAGGUGUUGAUAAAAACAAGCCAAGCGUCCAAAGAGCUUAGAUUAAAAUUGGCAUCGAGAUGUGUCUGAGUAGCUAUCAAUAAGAUUCAUCAACCACUGGUAACACGGAUUUUCAUCUUGGAAAUAAAUGUCACGUGUUUGCAGUCGUUUGUCAUGUGGCUUCUCUUUUUGACAGUGUGGCAGUUUGAAAAACAAGUAAACAGAAAUUGUGUCUUAA